CGCGUGGAACAAAGCCAGUGGCCACACUCUUUCCUCUCAGGCACCCCUGUCAGAGUCGAGUCUAUGAAAUUCACCCUUCAUUUCCUCAGCCUUCGCUAUUAGUUUCUUCGUCAUCAUCUCUCUACACUUGCUCGAAACCAACUUCUCCAGAUUCCAAAGGCGUAGAUUUUCUGUUCCUGGGUUUCGUCUGGUUGCUUGUUUUCUGAAAUUAUUCCCCUUUGUAGAAUCAAUAGGCAAUCUUCGUUUCUGGGUUUUGCUUAGAGAAUUUCAUAUGUUUACAGAGAGGAAACUAAAUCUGGAGACGGUUGUUAUAAGAAUCUGAACAUGGUUUCGGAGGUUCCUUCAGAUAACGAUGGCUGUGUGGCGGGGGAGACAGUUGUUGGCAGGCUGUCUCCUCGAAAAAAGAACCCUGGGAAAGUGCCUAAAAAAAUUCAUAAAGCUGAGAGAGAGAAGCUGAAACGUGACCACUUGAAUGUCCUAUUCCUUGAGCUGGGCAACAUUCUUGACUCAGCUCAGCAGAACAAUGGAAAGGCCUGUGUAUUGACUGAUGCCACUCGUCUUCUAAGAGACCUGCUUGCUCAGGUUGACUGUCUCAAAAGGGAUAAUGCAGCUCUUUUAUCUGAAUCUCACUAUGUGAGUAUGGAGAAGAACGAGCUGAGAGAGGACAAUUCAGCUCUAGAAGCUCAGAUCAAGAAGCUGCAGAGCGAGCUAGAAGAAAGGAUUCGGUCCAAACCAGCAUGGAAUUCAGAUCCUUCUCAGUUGGAUCACAACAGCACUGCCCCACAGCUACCAGAAGACCAUCUCAUGUUUCCUGUAACUGAUCAUGCAUCGCAAACAGCACCUGUUGUGGGUCCCGUCUUUGUUGUUCCCUUACAUCAGGACCUUCAAACAUUCCCGCAACCCAAUGCUGCAGCCUCAAAUGUGAGCAGACCCCAUGCUCGCUAUCCAUCCCCAUCAGACUGUUGGCCAUCACAAAUUCUAGAUAGUCAGCUGAAGACACCCGAGCAACAUGAGGUUGGUAGUGGCACUAGCUCUGGAACCAGCAGCAGGGGAGACUAAAGGCUGUCUAUGUGUAAGGUUACCGCAACACCACUGGAUAUUACCCUGCUUUACUUCAUAGAUUCAGAAUAGACAUUCAUUUAUGUAAAUGUUCAAUAAUGUGCUAGGCCCCCUUUGUCAAUGAACCUUAAAAGUGCCUCUCUUCAUUCAACAUAUUGCAUGAUGAUCAAGACAGCAUUGUCUUCAGAGCCUCGUUGUUGUAUCAAUCUAGUGAAAAAUGAAGCUUAAAUCCUAGUUGUCUA